UCUUGGCAAGAAGCAGCAGCACCGUUUUGGCCAAGUGGAAUAAAAUUGGCCGUGAUUUAACUGAUAGUAGAAUCCCAACUGCAGCGGUAGAAAACAAUAAUCCAAGGAUCAAAUCAUGGCCCUUCGCUUGACCCAGAGAUUGCUGCAGACGCAGACGCCGUUCCUCACUCGCGGCUAUCCCUUGCUGGUGACCAAGGAGAAGACCGAGGAUGUGGCCCACACCAAAUCGGCGCUGCAAAAGAAAGUCACGGGCACCGAUAUUCCCUCGGCACAGUACGGAGGUCGUCAUGCCGUCACCAUGCUGCCAGGCGGCGGCAUUGGUCCCGAACUGAUGGGCUAUGUGCGCGAGAUCUUCCGGUACUGCGGUGCACCCAUCGAUUUCGAGGUGAUCGACAUCGAUCCCUCCACCGAGGGCAACGAUGAUCUCGACUACGCCAUCACAUCCAUCAAGAGGAACGGAGUGGCACUCAAGGGCAACAUCGAGACCAAGUCGCAAACCUUGACCGAAGUUUCGCGCAACGUGGCCAUCCGUAACGAACUGGAUCUGUACGUCAAUGUGGUGCACUGCAAGUCGUAUCCGGGCAUUCCGGCCCGCCAUCACGACAUCGACGUGGUGCUCAUCCGCCAGAACACCGAUGGCGAGUACGCCAUGUUGGAGCACGAGUCUGUGCCCGGAAUCGUGGAGAGCAUGAAAGUGGUGACCGUCGAGAAUGCCGAGCGUGUGGCUCGCUAUGCCUUUGAGUUCGCCCGCCAAAACAAUCGCAAGAAGGUUACCACCAUCCACAAGGCGAACAUCAUGAAGCUGUCCGAUGGCCUCUUCCUGGAGGUCGCCAACCGUGUGCACAAGGACUAUCCCGAACUGGAGCACAACAACAUGAUUAUCGACAACACCUGCAUGCAGUCCGUGUCGAAUCCCCACCAGUUCGAUGUCAUGAACAUGACCAACCUGUACGGCACCAUUGUGUCCAACGUUCUUUGCGGUCUGAUGGGCGGAGCUGGCCUCAUUUCCGGUAGGAACUACGGCGACCAUUACGCCAUCUUUGAGCCGGGCACCCGUAACACCGGAACCGCCAUUGCCGGCAAGAACAUCGCCAACCCUGUGGCCAUGAUCAGUGCCAGUAUCGACAUGUUGAACCAUUUGGGUCACAAGGAGCACGCCAACGUCAUCCAGGAGGCCGUCUACCAGACCAUUGUCAACGAUGCCAUUCGCACGCCAGAUAUUGGCGGCACCAACUCCAGUACCGAUGUGGUUGAAAAUAUACUCAAGAUCUUGAGUGCCAAGCGCGUGAAUUGAUUUUCUUGCCGGCCCUAUCCAAUGUUUCUGCACUCUGAUUCUUUUUUCUAAAUUUCCUACUGGAAAGCUGUAUAUUUUCUUUUAUUUAACUUUUAAUGCAAAAUACCCUAAGGCAACAGUACAUGAACAACAAGAAUAACACACUUUGCGCUCUUCAAAAGCCUAGCAAGUUCCACAAGUAGUCAAUCAAAGCGAUAUUAAAUUGUAAAUUUUCCAAAAGAUUUGUAAUAUUGAAAAUGUAUUAUUCUGUUCGAAUAUUUAUUAGUAAAGGAAAAAGUAAAAAAAGACACUGUAA